CACAGACGGGGGAGUUGUGCUGGACUCCAGCAUGACUGUGCCCCGCUGUGCCCAGGACGUGGGACUCGAGUGCUAAGACUGGGCAAGUUCCAGGCAGACUCGGGUGAGCUGGCCACACUGCCUGGCGCUGGGUUUGUGGAGUGUAGGGGUGAGCCUGCCGGGAGUUAGCAAGAACGGGACCACGGUGUCCCCAGCUCCUCUCCCUCCCUCGCCCCAGGCAGUUACCGUGACACUGCCCCUCUCCCCCCUCAGAUUCGGUGAGCCUUGCCUACCAGCGGGUCCAGAAAGUAGACUGUACCUCCCUGAGGCCCGUCCUGAUCCUGGGGCCAUUACUGGACGUGGUGAAGGAAAUGCUGGUGAACAAGGAGCCCAGCAAGUUCUGCAGAUGCCCCCUGGAGGUGAUGAAGGCCUCCCAGCAGGCCAUUGAGCGAGGCGUCAAAGACUGCCUGUUUGUCGACUACAAGCGCAGGAGCGGCCAUUUCGACGUGACCACGGUGGCUUCCAUAAAGGAGAUCACAGAAAAGGUACCUGCUGCUUCAGACCGAGGGUUUGCACCUGUUGGAGCCUUUGGUGCUGCCCCGUGCAGCCCCAGACCUUUGGUGAGCUCACCCAUGCCCUUCAGUCCGGAUGAGUCUGCUUGGGGCUGACCCAUGGCUGCUCUG